AUGGUGGUAUGCAGCUUUUUUCAGCAGGGUCGCUGCAAGUUCGGAGAUCGCUGCAAAUUCGAGCAUCCUGGCAAACCUACUGCUGGUCCAUCGGGGAAUCGAUUUGGCGCUUUAUCCGGAGGGUUUGGAGGUCAAAACCAGACUCAACAAGCAGCGGACCCAGCAGUAAAGGCAAGCGAAAUCAAGACAGACUUGACCGCAGGCCAGGGCCGUCCGGAAUGGAUUUUCUCCGCAUAUGCGCCCCACAGAGAUGUUGCGCGCCAGCUAUUCGGUGGAGCUCACCGCGAGCGCAGUAUGGAAGAGAUGCGUCUGCGCCAUUAUGAAUUAGCAGCAUCCGGGAACCUGAACCAAGCCGUCCAAGAGGCCUCGGCUCUGUGGCAAGAGUGCGUGCAACAGAUGGAGAUCUCACUAAAUGACCUGAAUGGCGCCGUCAAAUAUGUCGUUGAUGGCAGGAAUGAACAUCCCAAUCGACUCGACAUCAUCGAGGGAAAGACCCAGCCUAGUAUGGACCAAGCUUCCGCACCAUUUGGCCAACCCCCUCCAUUCGGCCAGCAGAAUGCCGCCCCUGCACCCAACGCCGGUCCUGCACCUGGAGCGUUCGGCGCUCCUUCCUCAACCUUUGGCCAGUCUUCAGGACUUGGCCAGGCAGUUGGAUUCGGCAGGGCUUCAGCACCAGCGCAGCCGGCUGGCAUGGGCCAGUCUACGGCCUUUGGACAGACUUCUGCCUUGGGUGGCUCCGGCUUCGGCCAAACCUCCACCCUGGGAGGGCAGUCGGCUUUUAACAAAACACCUUUCGGCCAACCAGCUCUUUCUCAGCCAGGAGUUAACCCCAGCCCGUUCGGUAAGCCGUCAGUCCCAGGUGGUGCCGCCCCAUUCGGUGCUCCAUCUGCCGCCUCUCCCUUCACCCAAAUAGCUCAGAACCAGCCUGCUGCUGGUGGGUUUGGUCAGAGCGCUGGACAACCUACUCCGUCGCCUUUCGGUCAAAACGCUGCACAACCUGGCCCAUCGCCAUUUGGCCAAGCAGCUGCCAAUCCGAGCCCAUUCGGACAGCCCUCAGCCCCGGUAGGCGCCGCCCCAUUCGGUCAGCCUUCAGCCCCGGUAGGCGCCUCUCCAUUUGGCCAACCCUCAGCCCCGGCAGGCGCCGCUCCAUUCGGUCAGCCUUCAGCCCCGGCAGGCGCCGCUCCAUUCGGUGCUCCAUCUACCGCUUCUCCCUUCACUCAGGUACCUCAGAACCAGCCUGCUGCCGGUGGGUUUGGCCAGAGUGCUGUACAACCUGGUCCAUCUCCCUUCGGCCAGCCUGCAGUCCAAGGCGUGCCGGUGCAGAAUGCCAACGCCGGCCUGCGUGCAUACCUAAAAAUCGACAAUCCUCAGGACCUCAACCCGCUUCCACAACUGGAGGGUGAAACUCGACAUAACCCAUCCACCAAACAGCUAGUGAUGUGGAAGGGCCGCCCCGUCAAGUAUAUCAACGAGCACCCGUGCUACCUUCACCCACAAGACAACAAAACGUUUGUCCGAAUCAACUUCCCUAACGGGCCACCUGAUCCAGCUAGUUUGAAAGACGCACACGGCAAGCCUGAGGAAUACACACCAGACGUCGUUGAGGCAUAUCAGUUUUUCCUUCAGAAUGGCUACUUCAAGGACGGCAAUAUCCCUGCGGUACCUCCCAAGCAGGAGUUCCUCAGUUUCGACUUUUAA